AUGUCUUCCACAGCCAACAUGUAUGAAGAGGCCGACGCUAUUGCCGCCACCGAGAACAAUCACCACGCCGGAGUUGGGUCUCUCGAGGACGGCGUGGCGGCUAAGAAUCACAACAUGACACUCACUUCCAGAGAUGAUGUUGAUGAUCAUGCACCCAAAUCGGAAUCGUUAACGGCUUCGAGAUCCCAACUUGAGGAAGGCGACCAAGUCCUUGAUGCCCAGGUCGACCAGUUGUACAAGUCUCUGGAGACAUUAGGAAGAGAGAUGAGCCUACUCAGAAGUCGCAUGCAGCUACACAUCUUCUGUCGUACUUCGGAACGUAAGAUUGGCUACCACAGAAGUGGUCUCCAGGAAUACGAAGACAUUCAAAACAUCUCACCUGACAGACUGCGGCAGGUGCAGAUUCAUCUCGAGCAUGACGCAUACUGCGCUUUGCAACUCAGUGCACUUAGCGAGAAAUACAGAGUCCUCAGACAAAACACCAGUAAUGCUUUGAAUGCUGCCAACCAAACUUUGGCUAAUGUCGUUCUUCUUUCUGGAAAGAAAUCUUACCAGAAAACACAAGAAGCAGUGUCUCGAUUCGAAAAAUACGUUGCUGCUUUCAACAGAGAUGUCAACGAACUGAUGCUCGGCGUCCUUGUCUCUGACCCUUAG